AUGCUGCUGCAUCGCGGGCGUUCACUGUCGAGACCUGAACGAGGACACCCUCGUGCGCCGUUGCUGAAUCCAGAAGGCGAGCCUGACGACCCCUUCUCAGACGGCCGAAAGCCGCAUUGGUGGCGAAUGUGGUGGCAUUAUCUAGCGAUUGUGGCUACUUUUUGGGCGCCACCGCCACUCUUGAAUCUCGUUGGAUUGCAUAGUGCGCCUGUUCGCCAGGCAUGGCGCGAAAAAGUUACACUUGUCUUGUUCGCGUGUGCAUUGAGUGCCAUCAUUGCCUUUAUCACUGUGGGUUUGCAGAGAUCGCUCUGCUCCAACCAGGCUGACAACCUAUUCAUGAAUGUAAAAGAUGCUAGCGGCGCCGUCGGCGUCUUGGGCAAUGCGUAUAGCUUGUCUGACAGACCUAAUUUGGGCGGCACUGACAUCUAUUCGGACAUUAAGGCGAAUCCCGGCCUGGACUACACGCAGUAUCUUGAUACGUCCCAGUACCCAUUUCCAGAGUGCGCGGAUGUGAAUGCGGCCGUUGCAAAGCCUUUGCAUUGUUCCAAUGUACAUGGGAAAAGCAUUCAAUGCAGCGACAAACUCGACUUUAAGAUGAUUGAGUCUAAGCUCCAUCUCAAGAAGCAGAACAAGAGCAUCGGCUUUGACUGGGACGACGUUUUAAACAACACCCAAAAACUCAUGGCCAUUGACGGGCAUGUGCUGAAUUUGAACACAUACUUUGCCACAUAUCCCCAACCUAUCCCGAACGACUCAGUCGACAGGACAAUCCGCACCUACUUCUCCAUGAAUCCAAGGAUCGUAGACGCCACGAGUGUGUUUGCACAUGACAAGCAAGCGCGCGAUGCCCUAGGGUGUAUUAAACAGCGGUUUCUCGCUGGGCAGGUGAACUACAAGACGCCUGGGUGUUUUGUCGCCGACUUGAUCCUGUAUGUGUCGUUGAUUGUCAUUCUAGGUCUUGUGUUUGCUCGCACGAUCAUGGCGAUUUGGUUCCUAUUGGUUGGCUCGCGUCGUUUAGCAAGUACACCACCGGCGCCCGGCAAAUUUUCUGCCACAGGGAUGCGACGCCCGCGGCCAAAAUCUCAUGUGAUUCUCCCGAACGAAGCAACGCAGCCUAAUGCGGGCGGUGUCGCUCCGUGGGCCAAGAAGCAAGUGCUUGCCCAUCCAUCUACAGCACCUGACCACGGUAUCAACCAGAUGUCGUCAUCCUCGGUCAUGAUUCCUGCAUCGAUGACGCCAGAAGACAUUGGCAAUGAUCCGUACAUCGUGUGCCUGGUAACUUGUUAUUCGGAAGGCCUUGAUGGAAUUUCAGCGACGCUCUCGUCCAUCAGCUCGACCGAGUAUCCUACAAAUCGAAAACUUAUAUUUGUGGUCGCUGAUGGCAUGAUCACUGGCGAGGGCGAAUCCAUGAGCACGCCCGACAUUUGUGUGAGUCUCAUGUGCCCAGAUCUCCGUUUUGGCACGCCGACGCCAAUGCAGUAUCGGUCCGUAGCCGCUGGCAAGAAGGCACAAAACAUGGCGCUUGUAUAUGCUGGCCACUACUUGAAUCCGUCAGGGGGCGAGCCUGUGCCGAUGGUCGUUGUGGUCAAGUGUGGUAUGCCGGACGAAGUCCAUGCGAAAAAGGCCGGCAACCGAGGCAAACGUGAUUCCCAGAUGGUGUUGAUGAACUUCUUCCAGCACGUCACGUACAAUGACCCGAUGACGCCCUUGGACUAUGAUCUAUUCCGCAAAGUGCAUGCGCUCAUGGGAGUGACGCCGGACUUUUUCGAACUUGUGCUCAUGGUUGAUGCAGAUACAAAAGUGCACCCACCAUGCCUGCGAUAUCUUGCGAACGCCAUGUUGAACGACCAUCGGAUUAUGGGCGCGUGUGGCGAGACGCAGAUUCAAAACAAGCUGCAGAGCUGGGUGACGGCCAUUCAGGUGUUCGAGUACUUCAUCUCUCACCACCAGGUGAAAUCAUUCGAAGCCGUUUUUGGUGGUGUGACAUGCCUACCUGGAUGCUUCAGCAUGUAUCGUAUCAAGGCACGCAAGCCUGGCUAUGAAGAUUGGAUUCCUGUGAUCGUAAAGCCGGACAUUACGCGCGAAUACAGCCAGUCAAUUGUGACGACACUGCACCAGAAAAACCUUUUGUUACUCGGUGAAGACCGUUUCCUCAGCACGCUUUUGCUCCGGACUUUCCCGCAUCGGCGUAUGGUAUUUGUGCCGCAUGCCGUCUGCCACACUGUCGUGCCGCAUACAUUAAGGAUGCUCAUGUCUCAGCGGCGCCGCUGGAUCAAUUCAACCGUGCACAAUCUCAUGGAGCUGGUUCUUGUGCGGGAUUUGUGCGGUACUUUUUGCUUUUCUAUGCAAUUUGUCGUGCUAAUGGACCUGAUUGGAACGUUAGUUUUACCCGUCGCCAUCUCUCUCACAUACUACUUGAUUGUCAAGUCAGCGAUGAAUCCGCCGAAAGAUUUCACGUCUGCCAUCCCACUUACCAUGUUGCUUGCCGUUCUUUUCCUCCCUGGCUUUGUCAUAACGCUUGUGCGGUUCCAGCCGGUAUUCAUCAUCUGGCUGAUUAUCUAUCUAAUCUUCCUGCCCGUGUGGAACUUCCUCCUGCCAGCCUACUCCUUCUGGCACUUUGACGACUUUUCUUGGGGUGAGACGCGCCGUGUCGAGGGCGAGACAAAGAGCGCUGCUCAUGAUGCCGACGAAGAAGGAUACCAGGCAGCGUUGAAUGUGCCUAUGCGUCUGUGGACGGAGUGGGAAAGCUCGCGGAUCCGCAAGCAGGAACGUGAAGCCCGUCGGCGCGAGGAGUUUGAGCGCCAGUAUGGUGGUGGCUUUUACAACGAUGGUGCGCUUGAUGCACCUGAGCUAUCAUCGCGUGCGCUGAUCGGCAAAGCGCCACCAGCCCCAAGGUCCUCGUCGUUCGAUCUAUCCAAUUCGCCGCGGUCUAAUGCCGUCUCGGAGGACGACCGUUGGGGGGAUCAGAUCGGUGCCUACAACGAAAACGAUGCUCUGCCGGAGCUGGUUCACCCCGCGCGUCCAGUCUCCAUGCUCGCAAGCCACGGCGACGGCGUGGUCGAAGGUAAUGAUCUCGAGUCUAUGCUACAGGGCGGCUGGGACGACAAUGUCUCGUCACUGUCGUUGAAGCCACGUGGUCAGUUCAUGCCUGUGCUGAAUCAGUCCUCCACGUCCCUUGCCGAUGAGCGCGAUCCGCUUGCAGGCUUGGCCGCUUCACGUUCGUCCGUUGACAUGAACACCACGUUCCCCAGUAUCCCGUCUUUCAGCGAGAGUCUCCGGCCUUUCGAUACGCCUCCUGCUGCCUCGUCCGCCGUAGAGGAGCGACGCUCACAUGCACGGAGCCGGUCGACGGGCGUGCGUUCACCACCAUCGUAA